UCCAUUAUCAAAUAAUAGAUGCAGCAUUGUGUUUUCUUCUAUCGAGAAAAAGCAUCACUAUUUCGGGCUUCGUAAAAACAAGGAAUUGUAAAACAAUUAUCGUACACCUCGCAUGCAUGUUAUGGGAGAUGAUGUUAUUUUACUUGAUUUUUGGAUUUGCUGUUUUGACCGCGGAUAUUGAUAGAAGUCAGUCUUCAUUCAAGACUUACAGGAUAUAUUCGACUGUUUAAGCAUAUUGCCCUUUCAAUAUUAGCUAGAGACAUGAUUGGCCAAUAUUUCUUAUUGACAGGAAUUUUAUGGCAACUCUGCUUGACUGACGGGACAUGCCCUGAUGGAUGGGACAGCGAAGGAUCAGGAUGUUACAAGUUUCAAUAUAUGGCCCCGGACUUUAGCAAUGUACCAUCAUACGGAGAAGCAAAGGUGAUUUGUGCAGCCAUGGGUGCUAAGCUAAUUGUUUUCAACAGCCAAGAUGAGAUGGCGAACGUUGGUAACACUUAUGCGUCAGAACGUAUGGGAGCUGAACUUGGAUCGCAAUUUAACUUUUGGGUCGGCUGUACAGACGCGGACGUCGAGGGAACCUUUGAGUGUGAAGAUGGUACACAACUUUCCCUUGAUAGUGAUUUAUGGCUAAGCGGAUUCCCAAAAAGCUCUGUUGGAGGAGGUGGCAUCGAAGACUGUCUCUACUAUCUUCCUUCGAACAAUGGCUUGGAAGACACUGAUUGCAACGCGCCAUACAGCGCCUUUGCCCUUUGCGAAGUUGACCCGUUGCCAGAGGAAACUACUCCAGAAGCCACGACACCGCCUCCACAGCAAUCCUAUAAUAAAAACCCGUCAGGAUUCUACGCGAUGGCCAAGGAUACCAAUGGGAACCCUCGGAGUGACUACUGUCUUUCCGCCGUCCCGAUGAAGAUCAUAAGCGGCGUUAAAGAUAAAAUACAUUGCGCCGGUGAAUGCGGGAAAGAAGAGAACUGCGCUUCAUUCAAUUACAAAGGCAAUGAUUGCGAACUGUACGAUAGAACUGGGAUGUUGACGGAUCAAGAUGGAUGCUUGCAUUAUGUGCGCCUUUAAACUAGAGCCGAAAGUGUGUGCGAAGCGAUUAAAUGUUUGAAUUAUGAAUCAGAUGAAAAAAAAGAGGGAGGGAGGGAGAGAGAGAGGGGGGUGGGGGUCUGAAAGGACAAAAAAUAAUAAAGUUGCGAUUAACUUAUUGCGAUCAUCUCGACGGUCGUUAUCAAGACUUCUUUACGCGCGUCGUCACAACGGCUAACUUAUCAAACGCAUAAUACUCUGACUUCUGCGUUACUCCGCAUCAAAUCAUUGUGGCGUAAUGACACAAAUGGGGGGGGGGGGGGAGGCUGUGUUGGCGUAUGGGGCAAAUAAGGGUGAGAGCGAAAUUCAAGUUUUGUGCUAGAUUUUGACUAAAUCGAUAUUCAGAAAAAUGUAUUUCACCUUUUUUUUCAUUUCCUUUUAUUUCUUUCCAUUUUUUCUUGGUCGUGAAACCCUUGGGGGUCGAUCCUCCACAUAUCUAUACGGCACUGGACCCAACAUUCAUGGGGUUUCCCGGUGAGAGAAUCCGUAUAGGCUCCGCCACCUCCAUGAUUGUUGACCGUCAGGGAUGACAAUGACAUUCGAAGAAAAUGACGGGACUGAUGAUCUUAUGAGCAUAGUUACAUGUAGGCAGUUUUCACAACACUACGCAGGCGCUUUUUGGAACGUGCAGAAUCUAUAGUCAUAAGCCCUUCAUGACAAAGAAGCCUUUGUCGAAAAUCGGUGAAUCAAAACAACAGUUUCCUCCUGGACUCUAUUAACAAACGACAUCUUUUCAAUAUUUCGUCCUGUCCGAAUCUUAAGACGAUAUGCUAACCAGGGGAGUGUUUCAUCAACAUUUUCAUCUGACAAGUUGUCAGAUCUGACAUCUUUCUCUGAUGUUGAUUGGCUGAGAGGUACUGUUACUAUGGUAACUGUCGGAUAAAAUGGGACUUGUCGGAUAAAACGUCCGACAAGUCCUUUCAUGAAACGCUCCCCAGGUCCACCAACAGUUGACAAUAAUCUCAAAUAUGUUCAUUGUGAUUUGUCGGGCAUUGGUAAUAGAUUUCCAACGUUCCGGAAAACGUCUGCCAAGUGGCUGUGAAAAUGGGCUACACAGGAACGAACGCCGAAGAAAACAACAUCUUGUUUAACUUUGGCCUUUAUGGUUUAGUUUUAGCUGCCAUUUUCAAAAGAACUUUACGCUCCUGUUUUAUUUAUGUGAUAAGAGUAUGUCAGAAGUUGUAUUUUAAACAAAUAACGGGACAAAUAAUCCUCUUGGUUCUGUUGAAAAGGCAAACUGUCACCUUCAUCGUCGAUAUUAUCUUGUAAAGACUAUCUAUCUUCAUUUUCGCUUCGAACACAUAUCUACACUCAAAUCAUGAGUUGAAAUGAUAAUCUGACCUACUACUUUUAUCGGCUCUUAUUUACUUUCUAUCACUGCCACUACGAUGUGAAUUUACAUGUAUGUAUAUAUUCAGUGUCUAUCUGAAGCUAUAUCCAAAUCACAUGGGAAGUGAUGUUAUGCCAUCACCUUCACAAACUGUUGCUGAUUGCUUAAUAUACAGUUUCACAUGUUUGUUUAAAACUAUAUUAAAAACUCACUUCAUAUGUAAAUAAAUAUAUUGGUACAAAGUAUAUUUCGAUUCAUGUAUAUAUUAAUGAAUUAUAUAGGAUUUGUAUAUCGCGCGUAUCCACCUUGCUAGGUGCUCAAGGAGCUCCUAUUUAUUUACCCCAGCUGAUUAAGCUAGUCUACCGAUUCCGGUGCGCACAGCUUUUUGAGGAAUUGCUUUCUGCCUGUACCCAUUUACCUCACCCGAAGAAAAGUGUAGCAUAAUGUGAGUAAAUUUAUUGAUGAAGGAAAACACGCCAUGGCUUGGAAUGGAACCCACGUCCUUCAGAUUUGAAGACGAGAGUCUUUACCACUAGACCACGACGCCCCCAACAAAGACCUACACUGUUAGAAAAACAGAAG